GCUGCUAAACCCUGCUCAAGGAAACCAAACCAGCCAACAGUGGCUGCCGUCACGGGGUGGUCCUCAGAAGCACUGGGCCCCUCAGCCUCUGGGCAGCGAACCCUUUCAGUUUGGCGAGCCAAAGAGGAAGGAAAGAAUUGUGGAGGGGAAAUCUAGACCUUCUGCUUUCCCAAGGACCCAAACUGUGCUCUGGUUACGAGGUGACCACUGCCACCAGGUCGGUGCAGGGAUCCUCACUUGUAGACCGGCUGAGGCACGCCUCGCGUGUUGAGUCAGCCUCGCGGACCUAGGGGAAAAGCGCCGCGCGGACCGCGCCCCCGCCCCGCGCCGUCCGGGUCCCCACCUGGUGCGCUCAGGUAGGGCUGGGGCGGGGCGGGAGGCUUGCGCGCAGGCGCGGGACGGGGGCCUCGCCCCUGCCGACGUCGCAGACUGGAGCUCACCUGGGAGACUCCAGAGGAAGCGGAGCUUUGGUUCGGCCUCUCCUGGCAACACCGGGGGCCCAGCGGGAGGCAGGAGGCGGCGGCGGAGGAGGAGCUGGACUGAGAGGCAACUGUAGCGACAGCAACCAGAGCCGCCGCCGCCGCGCCACCUGCACCUGGCGCCCCGCCACGUCCAGCGCGCGCCCGGCCACCGCUUCCCGCCGCCCUGCCCUGCCCACCCGCCAGGUGAUACCUGACUCCAGGGAGACUGAGGCCAUCAUUCCUUUCCCUCUCACUGUGAAUCACAUGUGUAUGGAAGAUGCCAUGUGAAGUAUUACCAUUUAAUGAAGUCUUCUUGCCAGCAAAUCUAUGAUAAAAAAUAUAAGUAGAAGAGGAAACUAUAACUGUUAUUUGUCAAGUGACAAGCUUUCAAUGUCAGAAUGGCUCACCUAAAGCGGCUAGUGAAAUUACAUCUUAAAAGACAUUACUAUAAAAAGUUCUGGAAGCUUGGUGCAGUCAUUUUUUUCUUCGUGAUAUUUUUGAUUUUAAUGCAAAGAGAAGUAAGUGUUCAGUAUUCCAAACAGGAAUCAAAGAUGGAAAGAAACCUGAAAAACAAAAACAAGAUGUUUGAUUUAAUGUUAGAAGCUGUAAACAAUAUUAAAGAUGCAAUGCCAAAAAUGCAAAUAGGAGCACCUGUCAGGCAAGACAUUGAUGCUGGUGAGAGACCCUGUUUGCAAGGAUAUUAUACGGCAGCAGAACUGAAACCCAUUCUUGACCGCCCACCUCAGGAUUCUAACGCACCUGGUGCUUCUGGUAAAGCAUUCAAGACAAUCAGUCUAAGUAUGGAAGAGCAGAAGGAAAAAGAACGGGGAGAAACAAAACACUGUUUUAAUGCUUUUGCAAGUGACAGGAUUUCUUUACACCGAGAUCUUGGACCAGAUACUCGACCUCCUGAAUGUAUUGAACAAAAAUUUAAGCGCUGCCCUCCCCUGCCUACCACGAGUGUCAUAAUAGUUUUUCAUAAUGAAGCGUGGUCCACGCUGCUUAGGACUGUCUACAGUGUGCUCUAUUCUUCACCCGCCAUACUGCUGAAGGAAAUCAUUUUGGUGGAUGAUGCUAGUGUAGAUGAGUACUUACACGAUAAACUAGAGGACUAUAUAAAGCAAUUUUCUAUAGUAAAAAUAGUCAGACAAAAAGAGAGAAAAGGUCUGAUCACUGCACGGUUGCUAGGAGCAACAGUAGCAACAGCUGAAACGCUCACAUUUUUAGAUGCUCACUGCGAGUGUUUCUAUGGCUGGUUAGAACCUUUGUUGGCCAGAAUAGCUGAGAACUACACAGCCGUGGUGAGUCCCGAUAUUGCAUCCAUAGAUAUGAAUACAUUUGAAUUCAACAAACCUUCUCCUUAUGGAAUUAACCAUAACCGUGGAAAUUUUGACUGGAGCCUCUCAUUUGGCUGGGAAGCACUUCCUGAUCAUGAGAGACGAAGAAGGAAGGAUGAAACCUACCCAAUUAAAACACCCACUUUUGCAGGAGGUCUUUUUUCCAUAUCAAAAGAAUACUUUGAAUAUAUUGGAACGUAUGAUGAAGAAAUGGAAAUCUGGGGAGGUGAAAAUAUAGAAAUGUCUUUCAGAGUAUGGCAAUGUGGUGGGCAGUUGGAGAUUAUGCCUUGCUCUGUUGUUGGACAUGUUUUUCGCAGCAAAAGCCCUCAUACCUUUCCCAAAGGCACUCAGGUGAUUGCUCGCAACCAAGUUCGCCUUGCAGAAGUCUGGAUGGAUGAAUACAAGGAAAUAUUCUAUAGGAGAAACACAGAUGCAGCAAAAAUUGUGAAACAAAAAUCAUUUGGUGAUCUCUCAAAAAGAUUUGAAAUAAAGCACCGCCUUCAAUGUAAAAAUUUUACAUGGUAUCUGAACAAUAUUUACCCAGAAGCAUAUGUGCCAGACCUUAAUCCUGUUAUCUCUGGAUAUAUUAAAAGCUCUGGUCAGCCUUUAUGUCUGGACGUUGGAGAAAAUAAUCAAGGAGGCAAGCCAUUGAUUCUGUACACGUGUCAUGGACUUGGGGGGAACCAGUAUUUUGAGUAUUCUGCUCAACAUGAAAUUCGACAUAACAUCCAGAAGGAAUUAUGUCUCCAUGCUGCUCAAGGUCUUGUUCAACUGAAUGCAUGUACCUACAAAGGUCACAAGACAGUUGCCACUGGAGAGCAGAUAUGGGAGAUCCAACAGGAUCAACUUCUAUAUAACCCAUUCUUAAAAAUGUGCCUUUCAGCAAGUGGAGAGCAUCCAAGCUUGGUGUCAUGCAAUCCAUCAGAUCCACUCCAAAAAUGGAUUUUUAGCCAAAAUGAUUAAGUGUUCCUUAAAAUUAAGGAGUUGAAAAAGGAGAUAUUUUUUUCUCAUAAAACUGUGACUAGGCAUACACUGUAGUUUUGAAAAUUAUGCAAAAGCAGCUAAUUAUAACUUAUUCCAAGUGCAUUUUUCUUAUUUAUAUCUUACAAUGCCUCUGUAGCAACACUACAGAAAUCCCUCGUCUCCAUUUCAAAGCACAGUGAUUAAUAAUACCAAAGACUAGUUUGAAAUGUCCAAAUGUAGAGAAAGAGAUGUUUACAGUACGAUGAAAAUAAUUUUCCAAGUAAAGUGCUGUUUAUGUGUUUUGUACACUUGAGGAUGUGCAUAGGUACAUUCACACACUCACAACUUAAAAUAUUACUUCUAGUUUUGGGGGGGAAGGGAGAAAGAUUUGAUACUGUAUUUUUUUAGUUUCAUAGAAAUGGAUCAAUGAAGGUCAAACAUUGGCUUUUGUAUACAAACCAGGAAAUUUUUAUAGAUCUAAAAUUUAUAACAUGAAAAUGCAGGUAAUUUUUUUUUUGCCUUUUCUUUACCUAUUUGUCAACAUGGAUUUAAAUGAAUAAACAAAAGACUAUUUUUAACACUUUAAUUUCUUGGCAAAUUUUAAACUAUUUUUUAGUCUGAAGACCACUUGACUUGAAGCACUUAAGUCUUUCCUAAAAGGCUUUUCUUAAGUAACAGUACUGUGUUUUCCCAAAGAAAUUUAAAAUACGUCAUAACUUACUAUCGGUUGAAAAGAUGUGUUUUUCCUUUCUGCUAGUCUUUUUCUCACCAAAAUUUAUUAACCUUGAAUGUUUGUGAAGUUGAAUUUUAAAUGCAGACUACUUGACUCAUUUAAAGCUAAAUUUUAUUUGUUAUUGAUUU